UUGCAGCCUACAGAUGACAACCUAGCGCGUGUCGAGAAAGUCACUCCUUCCCAUAUCGCGUUUUUUUGCCUGCGCUGCCUGGUUGUAUCCAUAAAAAGUGGUUGAUCAACUUGUCCUCAACAUCAUCCAAACUAUAUCGGCCACGUCCCCUCCUUCUCCCUCCUCCCUUCUGCCAUGAGUCUACCAUGUGGAUUCUCGAGUCCAAUGGAGACUUCCUCCAAGGCAAACGAAUGUGGUUGAAGCCCGGCCAAAAGUAUUUAUUCGGCCGAGUCAAAAGAGAGGGUGUACAUUUUGCUAUUGAUCACAAGACCGUCUCAAGGAAACAUUUUGUCAUUCAGGUCGACCCUGUGGCCGACGGUGAUGCUGCUCGUCUCCAUGUCAGAUCCUGCGUUCAUAUUCAGGACCAAAACUCCAAGAGUGGCACGUCUGUCAAUGGCGAGCUGAUCAAGAAUGCUUCACGAGAGCUCAAAUCCCUCGAAAACUCCGUUCGACCUGGCUCGUGUCCUCACGAGAUCGUUAUCAGAUGGGAGCCAUGCAACUUGACUGUGAAUCUGCUCAAAAAGGAGGUCAAGGCAGGUCUUCUCAAGACAAAGCAGUCCAGAGUUCAGCCUCUCGACAUCAAAGCUACGGGUGAUUUCAUCAUAGACCAGACUACACAUGUGGUUGCGAGCAAGAGAAACACGGCCAAAGGCUUGCAAGCUCUCAUUGCCGGCAAAUACCUUGUGUCCGAAUCCUACCUCGACGCCCUUGACUAUGCUGCCACCCCCACCACUCUCAGUCAGGAAGAAAACCUCUCCCCUUUGGAACUCGAUUUCGAUACGGCAUGGCCCGACCCUAAAGCUCAUCUUCCUCCACCAGGCCGUGAGCCUACAAUCAGUCCUGUCGAAGCGUACCAGCCUAAUCCAAACCGAAUCAACAUUUUCCAGGGAUAUACUUUUAUUUUCGGGGACCAGACCCAAUUUGACAAUUUGUUACCGGUCGUCACUACCGGACAUGGGAAAGCCCUUCUCUUCAAGGUCGAUAAUACAAGUACUCUAGCUGAUGACUUGUUGCGAUUUGUUCAUAAUGCCGCGGGUCAAAAGGCUAGCACCACAAAAAGCCCCCUUCCCAUCUUGGUUCGGUGGACAGGCAAGGACGAUGUUCAAGAAUGGACCAAUGCCCUCAUCAACGAGACCGCUCUGAAAAUGGACCAACGUGCCAUCGAUCAGUCCGAGUUCCUCGGGGCUAUUUUAACCAAUGACCCGUCUUCACUGAGACAACCCAUUCCAUAUGAAAGCACUACCGAUGGGAGAGUCCCACCACCUCCUUCUGCGGCUAGUUCCCUUGUGCAACCUGGUUCCUCCAACACUCACAGUGAUCAACAUCUGAACAGAAAAGGGACAAAAGUUGAUGGUUCUGACUCUUCUAAUAAAUCACUAGACCGCGUUCAGCCAACGCCUUCAAGACCAGAAGUGGACAAAGCUCGCACAGAGGUUUUGGCCUCGCCGUCACCACCGGCACAAGACUCUCAUGUCAAGGAACAAGAUUCUCCUCCUCGACCAUAUCAACCCUCCAGACUCACCCAAGCAAGCCGCCUGAAAGACUUUGAUGAUGGUUUCGACCCUGAUGCUGUCGCCGAGUAUGAAGACGACGAAGACGAUGCAAUUGCUUUUGACUCUGAAGCGGACCCCCUCACAGCCAUCAAGGAUGAACCACAAACAGUUUCUCGCAAGCGUCCACGCUCUCCUAGCAAUGACCCCGAGAACGAGUUUGCCGAAGAAAUUGAUGAUUUGCUGCCAGCUGCCACAGCAUUUAAGAAGCGAAAACUUGCCGAACAAAAGGCCAAUGGUGGGAAUGCUGUCGAUACCGAGGAUCUUCCGCCGCCUCCAACGGUGAGAAAACGCCGAGUCGAAAAAGAGCUUGAUGUCCGCAAAGCCUUAGAUGCUCGCCGUGAAGAGGCUGAAGAAGCCGCCAAGCGAGAAGAAGAAUUCGCCCUCAAACCAGUCGAUGCAGACGAAGACGGACCGGCUAAUCUCGUCGAGGUGCUAACCAUGGACCUCCCACUACGCGACAAAAGCAAAAACCUCAGACUUGCUGCCGAAACCCAGAGGAGUGAAAAUUGGGAUCCCAAAUGGAAUGGGAGAAAGAAUUUCAAAGGCUUUCGGCGCAAAGGAGAAGCCCCACAGCGGCGCGGGCAUGCGACCAAAGUCAUUGUUCCUUUAGUGGCAAUCAAAUUGAACGAUUUUGGCAUCGGUGACAAGUACUGGGACAAGACCGAAGAGCAAAUAGAGCGGGAGCGGGAGAAGAAGCGACAAAAAGAAGCCAGAAGUCAGAGAGCACGGCUUCAAAAUCAAGACCAAUCCCAGCAUUCCAGUGCUAGAACCAUUGGAGGAGAAGAAAGCAUUACCCUUGAUGACGUUGAAGAGGGAGACCAAGUCUCGUCCGGCAUGAAAAGCACCAGCCCUGUGACAUCACGGCUUCAACAGGAGGCGGCCGCGAUAGUCGAACAUGACAUCGACCUUGAUUCACCCCGACGAACCCGAGCUGCAGAUAGACGUGCUGCGACGGUGGACCACGAGGACGAAGACACUGUUCCCCUGCAUGAGUCUCAUACACAGACCAACACGCAGACAAGCAGAUCAGCCACUGCAUCUGGCAGUAUCAGGGGUAAGAGAACGGCGCCUUCCACUGCUAGCUCAAGUGCUUCAAAGAGACAGAAGACUCUACCUGUGACGGUGGCAAAGGAGGCAGAUAGUGAGGGAGAUGAUAGCGAUGACAUGAAGUUCCGCUUUGGGAGUCGUGCACGACGGGGGAGAAGUGCCAGGGGUGCCAGGGGUGCCAGGGCGGGGUCAUGA